CUUCUGCUGGAGAAGACGUGUGCUGUUUGCCUUCUGUACAGCUGGAAGAAACCGCACCGCAAAGACGACCCGAAAGCUGCAAUUUAUUAUUUUGCGUAAAAGAUAAGAGGAAGCAAAUCACGAAAAAAAGGUGUGCGAUGUGUGGGUCUGCUGUAUACAGAAGGAACGAAGCGAACAGUCGCCGGAAAUUAUUUAUCGUGUCUUGAGAGGAAUGGUCAUGGAUUGAUUGGAGUUAAUUCAGGCGUAGUUCUAGACGUGUUUAUUUUUAGGAACGAGAUUAUUUCGGUCAUGGCUAAUCGCAACGACACUGAGCUAGAGAAGCAAUUUUUGGCUGACCUUGAAAAGGCGAAAGCACUUAGCUUGGAAACGUUAGAACUAGAGAAAAUUCGCAAGCAGCGCUACUCUCAGCCAGAUCGUUCAGUUUAUUCCGAGACUCGCGUGCUCGAGGAAUACAAAAACUAUCUCCAGCGCAAAGCACAACUUCAUCAGGGUACACAGCCACCGUCUGUUGGGGACAAUAAUGCGUUAAGGAAUACUACAGCGGAUCUAGCUAAGCGUAGUAGCAGUGUCAGUCAAGAAGCAAAAGCAAGAGAUGAGGCGGACCUUAUUUCUUUUAAUGCUCCGCCGCCGACUCCUAAUCCCCAGGAUGAGGCUCAUAACAAUCUGAAGGAACUUGUUAAUGAAAUGCAUCGUUUAAACACGCAGAACACAUAUGAGCAAACGUAUAAGACAACACGUAGCUUGAGUAUGUCUUCGGCUUCCCCUUACCGGCCAUACAGUUCUGCCUUUCCUCAGCCACAAGUACCGAUUUACAACCCGGCAGCAAUGCAACUUGUGCCGUACAAUCACCAACAGGCUACCGCAUCGAAAGCUUUAACCCCGGAUGAACUGAAUCGGCUCUAUAACAUGCCAGCCUAUGGAACUGCACCUGCUGGAUCACUCAAAUCCGGUGGUUUCAUUCCUCAACCUCAGCCAUUUCCUGUAGUCAACUAUCCCCAAUUUCCAAGCACCUAUCCAGUCCAAUCUCAGUCCGUCAUUUCAACUACCUCCAGUAUUAACCCACAAUCAUCUUCCCCAUGCGUGCCUCCAGUGACUGCGGUUUUCAAUCCUCAGUCAGUCAAUUACGCUACUACCUCAAAAGUCCUAUCAAACGCAUCAGUAACCAAUCCUGAAACCGCCAUGGUUCACGUCCCGAAACCCGUCAACCCAAAGCUAUCACUUGCUGGUCGAUCAGCCUCUCAACCUCAACAAUCUACCUUCCCUAUCCCAGGACCCUCGAACGGUAAUCCAUUCACGAGAAACUCCUACGGAAGUGGUCAUAGUGGGGGCUCAGUUUCGAAUGAUACUACUGCUGCUGAAGUGGUUCUGCGCCCGAAGAGCGACCCCACCGACGGUGGCAACCGUCUCGGAGACAACCUGAUCGAUCUGGGGUUUAGCGAGGAUAGCUCGCGGGUUUCGGUGCUCGAAGCGUUCGAUCCACUGCUGUGUGGCAACCGGAGCAGCUCCGGCAGCGGCGGAAGUGACGAUAAAGAUGAUACAGCAUCGACGUAUUACGAGGACUACGACCCUUUCGAUUACAUCUACAGCGGAGGAACGCAAUACUCCGAUCCCGUUUACGAAGCGGUCAACCGGUCCGAUAAAACGCCUCUCUCGCCCAACAGUAGCGGUUCUGGUCCUCCGCCACUGCCGGGCUGGAAUGUUUCCGGUGUCUUCAGCAGCUUUGGCGGCGAACCCGAACAGGACGGCGAUCCACCACCGCUUCCCCCGCGGAACAGCGAACUGUACCACCCGAUGAUGGGUGGUAGUGGUGCCACCGCGCAGGAAUUCACCACUGGAAACUAUGAGGUUAUGCAGAAAAAAACGGUCGAACGUCAGUCCGCACCGACCAAGCUGUACGAGAACGUUGUGGUACGGAAAAGCUACGACAAGGAACUGAUUGCCUUCUACAAUAUGGUGAAGCAGCUGAGAGCUCAGUAUCACUAUGACGAACCACAAACAAACGUAGGCCACGUAGUGGCUUCCGAAUUCAAUAAUAGUUAUCCGCAGGGAACCAGUAUUAAACUACUCGUCCAUCCGUCGCUCGAUUGUUUCAGUUCGUACGACAGCGAAAACAAAGGCCAAAUCGACGGAUACGGUCCUCCGAUUCCGUUUACAUGCGAUAUUACCACAUCGGUGGAACACGUGAUAGCACAGGUAUACUGUGCCCUCGAGGGGCAGGUCAUGAACAGUGUGGGGGACUACAUAUUGAAAGCAAUUGGGAUACAGGAAAUUUUGAGCACCCGUUCGCGGCUCAAUCAGUUGCAGUGCGUUCACGAUAGCAUCAAGCUGGAGCAUGACGUACAGCUAGGUUUCAUCCCGAAGACUCCCAGGAUUAUGCAGACGAUAGCGAGAACCGCUCAGGACGAUGCUCGCGAUUCGGAACUCAAGCUGGAACAUAUCUUGCCAAAGGAGCCUACGACUGCGAUUAGCUAUGAUGAUUUGAUGAUAUUGCUUGAAACGCUGGAAGCGGAAAUUGAAAAGCUCCAGGCAACGGUUGACGAUCAUAGUCCGCAUACGAUACUGAGUUGCUCUGGGGUGAUUCAAGCGGUGAAGGCUAUCUGCAAUAUGUUAGGUACGAUUGAUACGUUGGAGAUAAGCAAAGCAAUAGACGAUUUGAAGGCGUGUUGUGAUAACGGGCAGACAGUCUACAGCUACAAUGAUGCAUCAGAUUACAGCAAUGGAAGCCUAAGUAUAGUGUCGGAAAGUGGUGACUAUGCGGAAGUAAAAUUGCGACCGAGGACCAUAACGCAGCAAAUUCGAUACCGUUGCAACGAGGUCCGUAAUGCAAUCCAAACUCUCCUAGAGAUAUAUUCGCAUGCAUUUAGAGUUAAUUUCUGUGUGAAUGUUCCUGAAUGGAACACAAGUCCGGUCUCGAUCUGCAACAUUUCGCAGUCUGUGAUGGUGAAUGUGAUGUGCUUGCAUCGACUACCUCUACAUUGGCGCCACGAUGAAUACAACUUGGGUGUGCAGAUUUAUCACGGUGCAAGGUAUAUCAGUGAACCGGUUGUCACGCAAUGCUCCAACGAAAUAACUGGAAUUUAUCCCCGAUUGAAGUUUAAUUCGUGGAUCAUGUUCCGCAAUCCGGUGUGCACAUUACCUAGAGAAUCUAGGUUGAUUUUCGUACUGUAUGGUGUCACCCGCGAGCCGGUUGAAGGCAAUGAUAAGCAAGAAGGCUCCACGAAUACCGACAGUCAAAACACUCAAGAAGGAAGAGUGACUAAAGUAGAGCUCGGUUGGUCAUCAAUUCAGUUUUUCGACUUUGAGCGUAAAAUGAUUCAGGGUUCUUAUCUUCUCUCCUUGUGGCCACCGACGGCGGAAAAAUACUUUGGACCAGCUCCAGCGAAAGGAACGCAUCCACUGGGUGCUGCAUACCCCAUUUUAGGUAUAGAAAUUCCUAGCUACGGAGGUUCUGUUGUGUUUCCCGAACCCAUUAAGAAUCUUCCUCAAUGGGUAAAGCUGGAUUUCAACAGCCUUGAUCGUAAUUUACAGCAAGAACUGAUCGACACAGCCGAGCAGGGUUAUUCUGCAGACAAGUUGGAAAAGCGAGAAGUUCUCUGGGAAAAACGUCACUACUUGCACAGUUUACCGCACGCUCUACCGAAAAUUUUGCAUGCUGCUCAUAGUUGGGAUUAUGCCUGCAUAGCGGAUCAUCAUGCGUUGCUAAAAUCUUGGUCGAGACUGAGUCCCGUUCAAGCAUUGGAACUGCUUCUGCCACGCUAUGCAGACCUGGAAGUUCGCAAGCAAGCCGUCGAAUGGAUUUCCUACAUGCCAGACGAUCAAUUCGUGGACUUCCUUCCACAACUCCUACAGGCUUUGAAGCACGACACAUAUGAAGCAUCACCUUUGUCUAGAUUACUGCUACAGAAAGCAUUGGUAUCGCCAAGAAUUGCCCACCACUUGUACUGGUUACUUUUGCAUAGUUUACCCGGAGAAGCUCCGCAAAAUAUCAUCGAGAUGAAUCAAAUCGAUGAGACGCUGGUCAUACAGGCUCGCUACCACCGGAGAAAUCAACUGAUGCUGCGCGCGUUGAUGGCUACCUGCGGUGAAAAACUAACAGCCCGUUUUCUUUCGCAAAAUAUGAUGUGUAAAAAGUUGGGCGAAGUAGCACACAGUGUAAAAUUGGCGAAAGAAUCCCAUCGUUUGCAAAUCCUUAAACAGGGUCUAGAGUCCGUUAACCAAAUGCUGAUUGACAAUCCAACCGUUCUACCCCUUGGACCGGGAAACGAAGUGACUGGCGUGGUCGUUCGUAGCUGCAAUUAUUUCAACUCGAACACGCUCCCGCUGAAGAUUAACUUCAUGGGUCCCGAUCGGGUGAUUGUGCCUGCAAUUUUCAAAAGUGGGGACGAUCUCCAGCAGGACAUGCUAACGAUACAGAUGGUCAGAAUCAUGGAUAAGCUGUGGUUGCGAGAGGGGUUGGAUUUGAAAAUGGUAACCUUCAACUGUGUCCCGACGAGCUACAAGAAGGGUAUGAUAGAGUUGGUGUCGGACUCGGAGACGCUGCGCAAAAUCCAGGUCGAGUGGGGGCUAACCGGUUCGUUCAAGGACAAAUCGAUCGCCGAAUGGUUGGCCAAGCAGAACCCUAGUCAAUUAGAGUACCAACGGGCUGUGGAAAAUUUUACGCGUUCCUGUGCCGGCUACUCGGUGGCUACCUAUAUUCUCGGUAUUUGUGAUAGGCAUAAUGAUAAUAUUAUGCUCAAAACCUCCGGGCACCUGUUUCAUAUAGAUUUCGGUAAAUUCCUAGGCGACGCACAAAUGUUUGGUAAUUUUAAAAGAGAUCGCACCCCAUUUGUAUUGACCUCGGACAUGGCAUAUGUGAUAAACGGUGGCGAUCGACCGUCGGCAAAGUUCCAUAAAUUUGUGGACCUGUGUUGUACAGCAUUUAAUAUUGUACGGAAACACGGGGACCUGAUACUGCACAUGUUUGCGCUGAUGACGACAUCCGGCAUACCGGGUGUUACGGUGGAAGCGGUGAAUUAUGUGCGUAAUGCGCUGCUACCAGGGCAAUCGAAUCCAGAGGCGGCUGCGUCAUUUGCCAAAAUGAUUCACAUCUCGCUGAAGUCGUGGUUCACGCAGUUCAACUUCUUCCUGCACAACAUAGCACAGAUGAAGUUCUCCACCGAGAACGAUGACGGCGAACUGCUGAGCUUUGUGCCGAGAGUAUAUACCAUGGCCCAGGACGGUCGCCUGAAGUCCGUGACGGUGCAUGGCUUCCAGAAGCGGUACGAUUUGGAAAAGUAUUACACCUACAUCCUGAAGGUGACCCGCCAAAACCAGCCGGACCCAGCCUACCUGUUCCGUUCGUACAAGGAGUUCUGCGAGUUUCAUCAGAAGCUCUGCAUACACUUUCCGCUGGCCAAACUACACAGCCUACCAUCCGGCAUCCAUGUGGGCCGUUCAAACGUGAAAACAGUGGCCGAGCGUCGUCUUCCAGAAAUCCGUCAGUUUUUGAUCUCACUGUUCAACUCUGCGGAUGAAAUCGCACAUUCCGAUCUAGUUUACACAUUCUUUCAUCCACUGCUGCGCGAUCAGCAGGAAGCCGAUAUUCAUGCAGCGAAAGUGAAAGGCAAUCCAGCUAUUAGCGACGAGUAUCAGCAGCUACGUGGCGAGAUUAAGUUCUCGUUGCAAUACCAUAGGGAUGCGCUGAUUGUGAUGAUUCAGCAUGCCCGAGCGUUGCCAGCUACUCCAAACAAUCCGGAGCCGAACACCUACGUGAAGGUGUACCUGCGACCGGAUCAAUCCAAAGCCACUAAGCGAAAGACCAAGGUGGUGCGGAAGAACUGCAACCCCAGCUUUAUGGAAACUCUCGAAUACCGUCUGCCGCUGGAAUUCAUCCAGAAGAAGACGCUUGAGGUGACGGUGUGGUCCCAUGAUUCACUGCAAGAAAACGCAUUCCUCGGGGGCUAUCGGUGUGUACUGGCCGAGCUCGAUUUACACAACGAAAUUAACGAAUGGUUUCCACUGAGUUAUCUGCCACGGGUGUAGUACGAGUGUGAGAUCUCGGAGCUGGCACGGUAGGAGCACAAUGUGAAACAAAAAGGAAUUGCGCUGCAUACAUUUUUUCGGUUGGUUUUUAUUUUUUUACAAAUGCACCAAACUAUUUUACAGUUUGUGUAAAAGAAACGUUUAUUUAGGCUUCUUGUCAUUCUUCAUAGUAUAGGAUACGUAACAGAACUUUAAACAAAACUGUAGCUACGCUAUUAUUUCCUCUAUAGCUAACACUAACGUCGAAGGUUGUAUUCUACUGCCACUUUGACAAAAAUAUCUGUUUGCAUUUUGUUUUACAUUAUUUUAUUGAUUUAUACAUGUGAUUGUGAAACAAUAACUGGGAAUCAGGUGUAGAAAACAACUACUCUAAAACGUGUGGGUAUGGUAAAUUGUUUUUAUUAGACUUGUGAUAGCUGCAAACAUCCACAUGCUCGUGACAAACUUUCGCUCGUUACGCCCAGCAGGGCUGCCUCGAAUUGCGAGUGCGAGGCCUAGGAGUAUAAUGUGAAAAUGUUGUAAAACGACAAUAUUAUCAAGACGAGCACUGGUACUCAUCACGAUUUAUUUAACACUUGAUUGGAAAUACGUAUUUAUUUUCUACAAAUGAUCAAAUCACACGCCACAGCACCGGUAGGAUGUUUACCAGAGAAAUAUAUCUAUAUUCUGCCA